AUUUUUUAUAAAAGAAAUAUUUUUUUAUUGAACUUGACAAAAAGCAAAAGUACAACAAAACUCACAACAAAAUGUCUUCCAUGGCUGCGUUUGAUCAAAUCAAAAUUGGACUCAAAAUGGUCGACUUCAAGGUGCAGCAGCGUCGCUACCGCACCAGCGAGAAGACCGUUGUCAGCACCACAUACGGUCCCAUUAAGGGAGUCAAGCGGAAGUCGAUCUAUGGCCAAUCGUAUUUCAGCUUCGAGCGUAUACCCUUCGCCAAGCCGCCCCUCGGGGAGCUGCGGUACAAGGCGCCGCAGCCGCCAGAUAUAUGGACCGAGGUCAAGAGCUGCACAUCGCAGGGUCCAAAGCCGCUGCAGAAGCAUUUUGUAUUCGAGAUGACGGACGGCUCCGAGGACUGCCUCUACCUCAAUGUGUACACGAAGAAUUUAUAUCCCAUCAAGCCCAUGCCUGUGAUGGUCUGGAUCUAUGGCGGCGGCUUCCAGUUUGGCGAGGCCUCGCGCGAAUGCUACAGCCCGGACUAUUUGUUGCGGGAGGAUGUCGUCGUAAUAUCCAUCAACUAUCGCCUGGGACCACUGGGCUUCUUGUGCCUGCAAGAUCCCGAAUUCGAUGUGCCCGGCAAUGCGGGCCUGAAGGAUCAGGUCUUGGCCCUGCGCUGGGUCAAGGCCAACUGCUCGCGCUUCGGCGGCGAUUCGAAUAACAUAACAAUCUUUGGAGAUAGCGCCGGUAGUGCUUCAGUGCACUACAUGAUGAUCACGGAGCAGACGCGCGGACUUUUCCACAAGGCCAUCUGCAUGUCGGGAAACACGCUCUCGCCCUGGGCCGUGACGCCGCAGCGCAACUGGCCCUACCGGCUGGCCGUGCAGGCGGGCUACACGGGCGAGAAUACGGAGCGCGAGGUCUGGGAGUUUCUGAAGAAUGCCAAGGGCUCGGACAUAAUCAAGGCCAAUGGCGAGCUGUGCAUAGACGAGGAGAAGAAGGAGCGCAUCGGCUUCUCCUUCGGCCCCGUCAUCGAGCCCUACGUGACCAGCCACAGCGUCGUGACCACCAAGCCCAUCAUUAUGAUGCGUACUGCCUGGAGCAAUAGCAUACCCCUGAUCCUCGGCGGCGUCUCGAACGAGGGUCUGCUGCUCUACUCCGAGACCAAGACGAAUCCCAAGUGUCUCAACGAGCUCGGCGACUGUCGCUACGUAGUGCCCAUCGAGCUGAACAUGGACCGGGACAGUGAACUGUGCAAGGAGUACGGCGAGCAGCUGCGCCAGUGCUACUAUGGCGAUAAGACGCCCAGUCUAGACACGCUCCACGAGUAUCUGCAGAUGGUCUCGCACGAGUAUUUCUGGUUCCCCAUCUAUCGGACAGUAUUGUCGCGCUUGGAGCACGCGUCGAGCGCACCCACCUAUCUGUACCGCUUCGACUUCGACUCGAAGCACUUUAAUCAUCUGCGCAUACUCAGCUGCGGCAAGAAGGUGCGUGGCACCUGCCACGGCGACGAUCUGUCGUAUCUGUUCUACAACUCGCUGGCGCGCAAGCUGAAGAACCACACGAGGGAGUACAAGUGCAUCGAGCGCUUGGUGGGCCUGUGGACGCACUUUGCCACCUACGGCAAUCCCAACUACGAUCCCGAGCAGCCGGACCUCUGGCAGCCCGUGUCGCCCAGUGCACUCGACAAGCAUCAGCUGAAGUGCCUUAAUAUAUCCGAUGAUCUGAAGAUCAUCGAUGUGCCGGAUCUGCGCAAGUUAAUGGUCUGGGAGAGUUUCUUCCGGCGCGACGAGCUGCUGUGAAUACGGAGGCCUUAUUACCCAAGGUCUCCGCCUAGCGUUAGCAUUAGCAUUAGCUUUAUGUUGAAAACAAUGCAAAGCGUAGCUUUAAAGCCUAGAUAGAACCUAUCUAUAUAUAUUAAUAUAUUUCUAUGUGUAUGUGCGUGUUGUUAAGUUUGUCCACAAAUCGAGAUUCUAUUUAAGCUUGUUCAAGUUUGAUCCGAAACUCUCAGAUGUCUAUAGAUCACUGAUCACUAGAUUCAGAUUCUAUUUAUCUAUCUAUCUAUAUAUAUGUAUAUGUAUAUGUUACCAAUUGAGAUUUGUUCUAAGGAAUGAUAGAAGUCGCAACUGAAGUACCUUUUUGAUGGAUUCGUACAGUCAAGGAAUAGUCGAUAUGUGCAUGAACUAAUGUUCCUUUUGUUCCUAGUUAUAUCAUAUAUUUAUCCACAUAAAUAUGUGCAUGUAAAAGGCUGCCAAGACGCCCAAAACGCUAUGGCUUUUCUUGUAUUAUCCGGCGUUCGGCUCUCUUCCGUGCACAAAGUACACUAACCCAUCCAGUAAUAUAUUAUAUAUUAGUCUAUUCGCUUAGCUCUUUGAAUUUGUGACAAUUUUACAAAGAACAUUUAAUUUUUGGAUACGUAUUUGUUCAUAUUGUGUUUUUUUUGUAUAAGCGUACCAACCAGUCCAGGUUUUACAUAUUUAGGAAUAUGAUUCUAUUAUAUAUACAUAUAUGUAUUUACAUGUGUAUAUUUACAUGAAACAAAAUGAAUUUGAAUUGAAUUAUGUGUCUGUUGACUAAAAACACCUCUAAAAAAUGUUAUUAAGAAUGCACAAACGAAACGCUAAUCUUAAAUGUUUCGAAUUCGUUUUUAUAGAAACCACAUUGAGCCACAACUAAGACUAGCUCUAUAAAGAAAGAUUAAGUAAUUUAAUUCCUAAAAGCUUCAAAAAAAUGUGAUGCCACA